AUGGCUGGGCAACAAGAUGAGGCAGAGGAGGAAUAUGUUGAGCACCAGUAUAUGUGCAGUGAAUGCCACCAACUCUUCAAUACACUGGAGGAUGUACUCGUUCACCAGCAGAUCCACAUUGCCGCAGAAGGAGAAGGAGAGGAAGGCAUGAUCGUCCAAGACAUCCCAGAGGUGGAUCAAAACCAACAGUACCAGUGUCUUGAGUGUGGGACACUGCUGGUUAAUGCUGAGGAACUUCUACAGCACCAAGAAAUGCACAUGGGAGAGGUUGGAGCAGAAAUGAGACAAGACUUGUGUGAGGUUGAAGUGGAAGUAAACCAGUCUCAAGCUUCACAGCCAGUCCAGUACCAGUGCUUGGAUUGUUUGGCUCUCUUUAAUUCUGCCGAAACAUGGCUGGAGCAUAGACACACUCACAGUCGGAGUAUUACUCAUUCUAAUGCUGACACAACGGUUGAGUAUCUCCUACAGCCUGAUGGCACCAUCACUCCUCUUAAUAGUGUGCAGAAUCAUGUCCUAAGUGAGGAGCAGGCAGGAGAGAUUUUGGCACAGGUGUUAGCUCAUCAGCAGCAACAGAAGAAGCAUCACUCUAUGAGAAAACCAGUUCAAUCCAGUCGCUCAACACUGCUGCCGUCUGUGACACCAGCCCCUGGCUCUGCAACCAUGCAUUUGCAAAUACUAACUGCUCAAGCCUUGGCUGACAAAUCCAUCUCGCCUGCUCGCUCAAAGUUGCUGUCUGCAAGUUCGAAACAGGGACUCACUGAAAACGGUGUUCAAAGAAUGGAGCUGAGGUUAGCUCCAAAGUUUCAGAACCAUCCACAGUCAACAGAAAUGGUGCUUCUCAGCCACCCAUAUGAAUGCUCCGAGUGCUCCCUUCUCUUUAACACGCCAGAAGAUUUCCUGCAGCACCAGGGGGAGCACUUCUUAGCCCAGGAUAAAGAGAGUGAGGAGACGGGGGUCUUGAGCACCUUCGACGAGUUAAGAGUGAGGAAAGCCGCUGAGAUACGACUUUGUUUUAAAGAAAAUAAUCCAACAAAGUGUGAUCUCUGCCAUCGAACCUUUGCCUCCGCGAGCAGGAUGGCUAUUCACAGACGUGUGCACGAUCAGGGCACAUUUGAAUGCUGUGAGUGCGGGAAAAUAUUCAAAAGACUCAUGUCCUUGGAGUCCCACAUGCGCACUCACACAGGGGUGGCCCGGUUUUUGUGUGUGGACUGUGGACAGGGCUUUGGUACAGAGUUGACACUAAUAACUCACAGGAAGUCACACACUGCCAAUCCAUUCUACAAAUGCACUUUUUGUGACAAAGUGUUUACCAGUAUGACCAAACAACUUUACCACAGACGUAUCCACCUAAAUCAUAAUAUCUCUGCGCAAACAAACACAUUCACGAUGUCCCCCCAGAAAAGAGCACCCAUAUCGGCUCUUGCAAUACUGCAGAAAGCCCGUGAGAAGUGCACUCUCUGGCCCUCUCUGGAGGAGGAUCAAGUACAAAAUAUGGACUGUAGUGAGCGACAAAAUCAGCAAACAGAGGAAAGUCAAGAAGACGUGAAACCGGUGAUAAACAGCAUGGAAGUAGCAGUAGCCGAUAACGACAGGAGCCAAGAAACAAACGUUGCCUCAGAGCCAGAACAGGCUGUGUUGUCUCCUGAGGAAAAAGGGGACAAGACUGACCUACCCGCUGUGAGCGCAGAUAAACACAAUUUCUCUUGUCGUAGCUGCUCCAAGUUGUUUUCCUCUCAGAAACAGCUGGUCCAUCAUAGAAGGAAGGCCCAUGCCGCAGAGUGCAGCUUUAUGUGUGGUAUCUGCGGAAAGGCCUUCAAGAAGCAGAUACACGUGAACAACCACAUCCGAAGUCACACCGGAGAACGCCCGUAUCAGUGUUCUGACUGCGGCAAAACCUUCACUCUCCUCGCCAACCUCAUCCGCCACAGCAUCAUUCACUCCGGUGUCCGGCCGUAUUGCUGUGACGUGUGCCAUCGCUCAUUCUCCCAGUCGUCCAACCUCCGCAACCAUAGUUUACUUCACUCAAACGCACCGGUGCUGUCUUGCCCCGACUGCCCCACUAAAUUUCGCCAUCCCGUCAAGCUUGCCAUCCAUCGCUUUAGGCAACACCCCGGUUCUCCAUCCCCGUUCGCCUGCCUGCACUGCGAGGCCGGCUUCGUAUCCAGGAGGCAGCGUGACGCACAUUGUCUCAAGCAGCACCCCUCUCUGGUUGGCACUGUUCCCAAGACUGAGAAGAAGAACCACAAUGCACCUGUGUGUUCCGAUAGGUCAUCACAGCCUUCCACAUCCUCCACUAAGGAUGCGCAGCCAGCUGCACUAGCCAUAACCGGAAACAGCUUGGAUUGUAACAUAUGCGGAAAGAAGCUCAACACCUCGGCAAAUCUGCGCCUUCACCGACUCAGCCACUUCGCUCUGGGGCCCGCGCGCCAACGACCGGCCCCGGGGAAGCGACCGAAAGCUCACCAGUGUCCAGACUGCGGGAAACAGUUUGUCUCCUCGUCGGGCGUCGCACUGCACCAGAGAGUGCACACCGGCGAGCGCCCGUUCCCCUGUCAAGUGUGCGGCAAGCGGUUCCGUCAAAACACACACCUACGCGAGCACCUGCGCACACAUUCAGGCGAGCGGCCUUUCACCUGCGAGGUCUGCCACAAGAGCUUCAUCCAGAGCAUGCACCUGGCAGAGCACCGGCGGACGCACACGGGUGAGCGGCCGCACGUCUGCCCUCUGUGCGGUAAGGCGUUCAAGACUUUUUCCAACCUGCGGAGCCACAAGAAAACUCACGCCCGCCAGCAGCAGGUGGAAAAGUCCGCUCCUCAGCAAGACAUGGAGACUGAGGCGGCUGACGCUGUGGUGGAUGGCAACACCGUAGAAGCGGCAAAUGUACAGCAUCAAGUCUUUCAAAUCAGAACAUCGGACAUCGAGCAGAUGCAGGGAACUCCCACUAUCAUGUGUAAUGAGUUUGGGGAGACCAUAGCCAUCAUCGAGACCAGUGAAGGAGGAGCCCUGCCGCUGGAGCAGGCCUUGGAGAUCUAUCAGGCCGCCCUGGAGAACGGCCUAUGA